UAUUGAUUGAAAUAGAUUGAUUGUAUUUUGGGUUUUAUUACUCUGCGGAAUUGUAUGUUAGAUAAGAUCUAGUUAAUAGUUAUUAACUGGCUUAAGCAAUUUUGUCUAAUAUGUUAUCGGCAUUCAAAUCUUUAUGCACUCUAUUGCUAUUUAUGUACGUACACUUGUGUAUCCACAACCACACAUUAGAAAGCAGAAAAAUAGCAAAAUAGAAUUUGGCUUUACUAGGGUGGAACAUAAAAACCUGUUGGGGACCCCUUCAAUGGCCCUUAACUUGUCACUCACCCAUACAGAGAAAUUCGCAAAUACACCCUAUGGUCCAUUGAAGGUAUUGUGUCACUUAAACUCAAAUCUAUCUUAACUUUUGGAGGGGGUUCGUGGUGAUGGUGGAAGUUUUAUCUGUGUCUUACUGUUCUGGGUCUUUUGUUUUUAUUUAAACUCUGUCCUUGUGGGUUUCUAUAUGCAUGUCUAUAAUCAUCUUAAUCCGUGAAAACUGGUAGACCAGCUACUUCUUGAUGGCUCUCAUAUGUGUAUCUGGUUAAUAAGACCUGGUUAUUAUAAAUUAUUGAUAUUGUAGCUAACUAAUAACAUAUGGUUUUGUCACUUGCUUAGAUCACAUAUAACAAUGGUGAAAGCUGUCGCAGUUCUCAGCAGCAGUGCGGGUGUUAGUGGCACCAUCUUUUUUACCCAAGAAGGAGAUGGUCCAACUACUGUUACAGGAAAUCUUUGUGGCCUGAAACCUGGGCUUCAUGGUUUCCAUGUCCAUGCUCUUGGUGACACAACAAAUGGCUGCAUGUCAACAGGACCACAUUUCAAUCCUGCUAACAAAGAGCAUGGUGCUCCAGAGGAUGAGAAUCGUCAUGCUGGUGAUCUUGGCAAUGUUACAAUUGGUGAAGAUGGUGCUGCUUCCUUUACUAUUGUUGACAAGCAGAUUCCGCUCUCUGGACCACAUUCCAUCAUUGGAAGGGCUGUAGUUGUCCAUGGUGACCCUGAUGAUCUGGGAAAGGGAGGCCAUGAACUCAGCAAAAGCACUGGAAAUGCUGGUGGAAGGGUUGCCUGUGGCAUCAUCGGCCUGCAGGGUUGA